AUGUCCGCCCAUGUGUCGACGCCUUCGACCCGCCCCGCCAACGGCGAUUCUUACUCGAAGUCCCAGCCCAUGUCGACAGAUCCCCAACCGCCCGCCGUGAACCGGAAAAAGCAGAAACGCAGGCAAAAGCAAGCCGCCCGCAUGGCCGCCGAGCGUCAGUUCGAAAAUGGACAUGUCCACCACCCGGAUGUCGCAGAAGAGAACUGCCUCAGCCCCACCGGUCCCGAAAGCCACCCUUCCGACGACCACGACUUCGAUGAAUCCGUCGACGGCGACGUCUACUACGACGAAGAACCUCGAAUACUCGGGGCGCAUCCUGCCAUGUCCGCCCCCGCCGCCGGGGAUGCGCGCGACGACCACUCGCAAGUGCCCGGUCGAAAGUCGAAGAAGAAGAAGGGCAAGAAAGGUCGCAGUGGCUCUCAAACCCUCGGAGACGAAAGUUCCACGCCCCUGUCUACCCCUUCCGUCUCGAUGUCCCACCCUCUCGUCCCUCCUCUCCCGCCGCAUUUCGGCGCGCGCACGAUCCUGAAGUCCGCCAAAGACCGCAGUAUAUGGAACACGUCGACCCAGGAGGAGCGCGAGAAUAUCAAGGCGUUUUGGCUCGAGCUGGGCGAGGAGGAAAGGCGACAGCUGGUCAAGGUGGAGAAAGACGCGGUCCUAAAGAAGAUGAAGGAACAGCAAAAGCACUCGUGCAGUUGUACGGUCUGCGGGAGGAAGCGAACCGCCAUCGAAGAGGAACUCGAAGUGCUUUAUGACGCCUACUACGAGGAGCUUGAGCAGUAUGCGAAUAACAACCAAGGUUCAUUCGAGAAGGGCCCGCCCAUCAUGCCGCCUCCCCGUCUAUAUCAUCCGCCUUUACGAUCUCCCGGUCAGCACACGCGCACGCAAGGGCAAUUCCAUCCCUCACGAGGUCGAAUCCACGAAUUGCCCGAGGACGACGAGGAUUUGGAGGAAGACUACGAUGAAGAUGAGGAGGACGACGAGCCCUACAGCGACGAAGAAUACGAAGACGAUGAUACGCGCGCCGCCCGCGCGGAUUUCUUCGCCUUUGGGAAUAGCCUGACCGUUAAAGAUGGUAUUCUUACAGUUGCAGACGAUCUUCUCAAGAAUGAUGGGAAACAUUUCAUCGAUAUGAUGGAGCAACUGGCCGAACGCCGGAUGCAGCGGGAGGAAGACACCCAAUUCGGCAUCGCCGCCGCUCACCAGUCCCUUCAUGCCGGUCAUAACCAUGGUCCUUAUGACGACGAGGAUUACGACGAGGAAGAGGAGGAUGAAUAUGACAGCCAGGAGGAUGAAGAAUACGAAGAGGAUGAAAUGGAUGCCAUGACCGAGGAGCAACGCAUGGAGGAAGGCCGACGAAUGUUUCAGAUAUUCGCCGCCCGCAUGUUUGAACAGCGCGUCUUAACGGCGUACCGAGAAAAGGUGGCCGAACAACGUCAGAAAAAGUUGAUCGAAGAGCUCUUGGAGGAAGAAUCGCGGACCGAGCAGCGGAAUGCCAAAAAGGCUCGCGAGGCCCAGAAACGGAAGGACAAGAAGAAGCUUCAGAAGCAGGCGAAGGAGGAAGAGAAGGCCCGCCGAGACGCCGAAAAGGCAGCCGAGGAAGCCGCUCUGAAGGCCGAGCAAGCGAAGAAGCUGGAAGAACAGAAAAGGAAACGAGAGGAGCAACGGAAGAAGCGCGAGGCCGAGCGGAAAGCUCAGGAAGAGGAGAAGGCUCGUCGAGAGGCCGACAAACAGCGAAGGCUGCGCGAGGAGCGAGAGCGACAAGCCGAGCUAGAGCGCAAACACCGUGAGCAGAAAGAGCAAGAAAAGCGACGACGGGAGGAAGCGCGACGAAGAGAACAGGAGGAACGAGAAGACCGGGAGUCGAAGGAAAACAAGUCCCGGGAAGAACGAGAGCGCAGGGCAACGGGAAGAGUCGAGCACGAGGCCUCCAAUCCAGGCAAACGUACGUCGCAGCCAGGACCGAUGCCGAUCCCGGCCGGCUUGCACCACCAUGUCCAAGGACCUUCGGGACACCUGCAGUCGCCACACUUGCCCGGUGCCACGCCUGUUGUCCCCAAAGCUCCGACACCUGCCCGGGCUCGUCAACCGUCUCAUCAGGGUUCACACACCUCGUCUCCACGGUCCCAGGCGGCCAGCGCCGAACCUUCGCAGACGUCCAUCUCCCCUCGGUCCAUGGGCCCGUCCCAAUCGUCUGGAGCCUCGAGCGUGACCUCGAAACAGAGCCAAGGAUAUCCCAUGUUGCAUCACCCUCAACCGUCUACUCCCCUGUCCCCUCUCGGUGCGAUGGGCAGAUCCCACCCACCUGGGUUCCCGAGUCCCAACGGGUUGCCAACGAACCCUCCCGGGUUAGCUGGAAUGGUUCCUCGACCGCCGAUGGGCCAUGAUCUACCCACAUAUCCGCCGCAUACUGGUCCUCUCAUGGGCCAACUGCGAGGAUUCCCUGCGCCAAACGGGAUCUCCAUGCCGCCCGGUAUUAACGGCGCCCGCCAAAUGCCACCCGGACGUGGUUUUCCGCUCGACCCAGGACACGGCCUUCCAUUCCAUGCGCAAGCACCACUCUCGAGCGCGUUCUCUGCACAGCAGAGCGGACUGUCCCAGGGUCAUUCUCGACAGCCCUCCAGCUCGUUCGACCGAUCACCUCUUGACACGCAUGCCCAACCGUUUCCCAUCUCUCGUCCGAGCCCGAUCAAGCGCCCGUCCAGCACCCAGCAAGAUCAGCAGGGCGAUGGAAACCGCGCUACGCAGCGUGACGUGGACAAUCUCAGUGCUCGGUUUGGAAGCAGUGCCCUUCUUGACGACAGCGAUGCUCCGUUUGCUUCGAACCUUUCUCAGUCACUUCCUGGUGCCACAGCUCCGGGCUCUCUCCCGGGUCCGACGCGAGCCAGCUUCGCCGCACCAUCGUUGUUCCCAGACCCUCUCGGUGCAUCGAAACACUCUGCUUUUCCGAUCAGUACUGGGGUAGGAAGUAACCCUUGGGCUGGACACAUCCCAUUUGGUGCCUCCCCUUUCGCCGGAACUCCAACCUGGGGAACCGCACAUGGGAGUGGUUGGUCCAACAAUGCAUUCGGGUCCGGGGGUCACCACCGUGCGCAUACAUCUCGACCAGUCGCCAUUCGGUUACUGGUGAUUGAAGCGUGGAAGCAACUCAACACCAUGAGCCCUUCCAAGGGAGCCAGCGGUCAUCAGGAUGCCAAGCAAUUGCUCCGCCAGGUUGAUCAACUGCGGCCAUCCAACGAACCUUCAAUCUCGCUGAAGGAGAUGCUCGACAUCUGCGACACGGAAGGCAACUCGCAAAACGGGGGCGGUUCAUUCUCCAUCAAGAGCGACUCAAUGGGCGAGUUCGUCAAGUUCGAGCCCGACACUAACAGCGCCGCCUCAGGUCACAGAGGCAGCAUUGUUCCUGGUGAAAUUGGAAGUCCGAUUCCAAGUAGCAGCAUACCGGCGUUUGGCGGGAUUGGUACUACCCCAUCGGUGCUUCGGCAGUAUUCUUCUCCACCAACGGGUUUCUAA